AUGAACCCGUUCAGACUACUCCGCGAUCAGGAGCCAGAUCCUCCUCAGUACUAUUUCACCCUCCCGGCUCUCGAGGACUCUAUUCGCCCACCGCCAUGCCCGUGUUCCGACUGCCAGGAUGGUUUCUACCCAGAGAAUGCGCAAAAGAACCCGGAGCACUCCUACCACCAAAGGCUUUCAAAUGCUCAAGCAGAGAGUCGCGCUCGCUCUUUUGUAGACGAUAUUCAGAAGCGCAGAAGCCGACUGAGCGAAAAGGUUCAGGUCUUCGGUGACAUCCUGAUAACCCGGUGGAAGAAGCAGAGCCAAGCCAAGCGAGCGACAUUACUCAAGGAGGCAGCGCCCGAUCUCGAGGCGCAACAGUGGCUUCUUCCGCGAUACAACUACAUGCGCGAGAAGUACUACAUCCUUGACAGAAAGGCGGAGCGCAGACGCCAACUCCUACUUCCCUGGCUCAACGUACACGUCCUCAAGACCAAUCCCGCCGUGCUCUUUGCUCUACUCCACUACAGGACGGCCUAUCCUCCGCAGUCCUGGGCGACCUUUGACAGCAAUCAACUUAAAGUCAGCUGGGCAGCUGGAUACUUUGAUGUCGACUUCUCUGCCAAAUGCGUCGUGAUGCAUGGAGAUCGAUUUGGGUCACUGGUGGAUUGGGAAGCAAAAGCCGCGCACCGUGGUGAUAUUCUUGGGUACCCCAGAGCGAUCCUGAUACUUGAAGCACAGGCCUCCCUUCUCAAGGCUCUGUGCAAUAUCGUCGACAAGAUUCUCGAAGGCGUGGAUCCCCUGCAAACCCCACGAGCUGAGAAGUGGCACGACCUCGUCAACCACGAAGCCUUCCGAGAGACAGGCGCCAUCGAGUUCUGGUCUCCCUACACCAACCAAGCUUUUUCACGUCCCCCAAUGUUCAACUGCGAUUACCUCGUCACGCUCGCAAAGUCUCGCUUGGAGGAGACUGGCGAUCACCUAUGGUACCUGCAGUGCGACAGCGAUUACAUGCGACGACAUGUCAAGAUCUGGUUCGCGCCUGAGGCCAUCAAGAAGGCGCCAGAGCAACAGAGAGCUAUGAUGCUUACGCAACGUAUUGUUCUCGAGAUCGAAAGUCACCUUUGGUGGCGAUGGAUCGAAAUGGAGUGCAACAACGUGGAGGCUGUUUGCAGGCGAUUCAGCGACAGUUCUGAGCGCGCUACGCAGCUUCGAGCUCUCUCUACAGCGGUGGAGAAGUUCUUGGGAUCAAUCAGGGCAUAUGUGAGAGAAGACUUGACAAAGAGCGAUACUGCUUUCAGUUCGGAAGAGGCUGGGGACCUUCUUGGCGUGGUUUCAGCACACCUCAGUCGGGAGUAUAUCCAGGAUAAGCGACGGGCUGAGGCUGAGAUCCUCACUGCAAUCAAGAUCGCAGACAAAGCCACGCCCACUGAUGGAGCCUUCAAUGCAGGUUCCGAGCCGAGCCUCACGUCUACCACAAUAGCACAAGGCCGAGAGAAGGUCAAGACACGAGGAGAGCAGGGAUCUUCUGGCAAUGAUGUCACAGAACCACAAGCUGAAGAUGCAGGAGAGGUCACCAAAGGCACUGUCAUCACAUUGCCGGAAGAAGCACUAGGAGUCAUUCAUCUCAUGUUUCCCAGCAAGGACGGUGCUGCCAAGGAUGUUACAUGGAAUCGAUUCGUCAACAUGAUGACCAAGGCGGGCUUCACAGCAAGGAACAAUACCGGGUCAGCGGUGUCUUUCAAGCAGGUAUCUGGGUCUGGGGCAGGAGGGAGUAUUGUCUUCCACAAACCGCAUCCUGCUGACAAGAUUGAUCCGAUUCUUUUACGAAUCAUGGGGAAGAGAAUGACGAAGUGGUUUGGUUGGAAGCGGGAGCUUUUCGCUUUGCAGGGCGAAGCGACUUCAGUUGUCCAGGGAUGA